AUGCUCAUCCCCAGAUUCUUCGGCCUUGCCGCUUCUUCAGCUUUGCUCGCCAAGGCAGUUCAUCUUACUGGCUAUGAAUACGUCGUUGUCGGAUCUGGUGCAGGCGGAGGGCCUCUCGCCGCAAGGCUUGCCCUCGCCGGCCACAAGACUCUCCUCAUCGAAGCCGGCGAUGACCAAGGCGCCAAUGACAACUACACGAUUCCCGCCUACUCCCUGAGGUCCUCCGAGGACGAACACAUGGCCUGGAACUUCUUCGUCAGGCACUAUGCCGAUGACGACCGCCAGAAGAAAGAUUUCAAGACCACGUACGAGACCUCUAGCGGCGCCCUUGAGCAGUAUGUCGGACAGGACCCUCCUGCGGACGCGAGCAUCAAAGGCGUUCUCUAUCCCCGUACCGGAACCCUGGGCGGUUGCACUGCUCACAACGCCUUGAUUGCGGUUUAUCCUGACCAGUCGGACUUUGAGAACAUCGCGACCUUGACUGGCGACAAGUCUUGGUCCGCCGAGAACAUGCGGAAAUACUACGUCAAGAUGGAGAAGAACCAGUACCUCACCGAUACCCAAAGCAAAGACGGCCAUGGCUUCGACGGCUGGCUUGAGACCGAAGUCGCUCCGUUGAGCAUCGUCACGGAAGACACUCAGCUGUACGACCUUCUCGUUGCUGGCGCCUACGCUCUUGCCAAUAAGACCGACUCUACUUUCAAUGCCGGAACCCUUAUCGCCGCCGACGCCAAUGCGAAUACCAAGGAGCGCGAUACCGGCAAUGGCUUCUAUCAAAUCCCUCUAUCCACCAACGACCACAAGCGUACUGGUGCCCGCGAAUUCGUCGUUGCUGUUAGAGACGCCACCAACGCGGACGGUUCGCAGAAGUACCCCCUGGAUGUCCGCAUGAACUGCCAUGUUACGAAAGUUACCUUUGACGAUUCGGAGACUCCUGUUGCCAACGGCGUUGAGUUCCUCGACGGUGCCCACCUUUAUCGCGCCAGCCCUCUCUCGAAGGGUGCUGCUGGUGUUGCCGGUAGCGCGUCCGCCUCUCGUGAAGUCAUUGUCGCUGGCGGCGCGUACAACUCGCCCCAGAUCCUCAAGCUGAGCGGUGUUGGCCCUGCCGAUGAACUCAAGCGCUUCAAUAUCUCUGUCGUCAAGGACCUUCCCGGUGUUGGAACGAACCUCCAAGAUCACUACGAGGUCUCUGUGCAAGGCCAGGUGGCUGAAGAUUUCUCCGCCCUUGACGGUUGCACAUUCAGCUUUGGCGGCCAGGACGACCCCUGCAUCACGCGCUGGGAGCACGAGGCGAACUCGAGCCGCGGAAUCUACUCCUCUAGCGGCCUCGCCGCAGCGCUGUACUACAAGACCUCCGCCUCUGAGGGCGACUUCGACACCUUCAUGUUCGGCGGUCCCAUCAACUUCCGCGGCUACUUCCCCAACUACAGCUACAACACGACGGUGCUGCACAACUUCUUCUCGUGGGCGAUUCUCAAGUCGCACCCCAGGAACACUGCUGGUACUGUUACUCUGGCUUCGUCGGACCCGCUUGACGUCCCUGAGAUUGUCUACAACUACUUCGACACCGGCAGCGCCGGCUACGACAAGGAUCUGCAGGCCAUGUACGAGGCGAUCAGCCUUGCCCGCGACGCUUUCUCCCGCGUCAACAUCACCGAGGUGCUGCCCGGCCCGGAUGUGAAGAGCCAGGAGGAGGUCGAGGAGUUCGUGAAGAACACGGCUUGGGGCCACCACGCGUCUUCGACUUGCCCCAUCGGCGCUGAUGACGACAAGAUGGCUGUGCUGGACUCGAGCUUCCGCGUCCGUGGCGUCAAGGGUCUCCGCGUUGUUGACGCUUCCGUGUACCCGCGUGUGCCUGGCACCUUCACUGCCGUGUCGACCUACAUGGUUGCGGAGAAGGCGGCAGAUGUGAUUCUGGCGGAGCUUGAUGCGUGA